AUGCAGGAUGAUGGUCUUCAGGGAGUCCAGAAACUGGUGUUUGACUAUCUUUACAAGAUUGCGAAUCUUCCCUUCUUGGGUGAUCACAAGACCAAAGUUUUGGAUAUUCUUGAGAAGGCUGAGAAGCAACCAAACCUUACAAUUGGUAUAGUUGCAUCCAUUGUAGUUGUUAUCUUCACACUGUUGUUGAAGGUCAUCUUUGGUGGGAAGAAGAAGCCUGCUAAAGUUAGAUCAGAGACAGAGAAAACAUAUACAGCUGAAACCUCAAAUAACCAGGGAACUACUGAGGAGAAAGAAGACAAGAAAAAGGACACUACUGCUGCAGCUGCUCGUCGGAGGAACACCAGACGCGACAAUUAG